GUAUCUUCAGGUGUAUGAUAUAAUGUUCUGGGAUGGAAAGUCUGUGGUGCGAGAGAAGCUCUUCCAGCGCCAUAUCUGCUUUACCAGUGUGGAUAAUUGAAUAUGCCUGGACCAACCAGAUGAUGGAGGUGUUGCAAGUUUUAGGCCCUCCACCGUGGUUGGAAGGUGACCGGAGCAGCUUGACUCUCAAGGAUCCUUGUAGCAUCCGUGUGACAGCAGCCGAGUCCUGGAUGAUCAUCCAGGCCAGAGACAUCAAACACUUUGAGCGAGUGAUGGAGUUCCUGCACAUCACUCACACUUUACUACCUCAGCUUGUGACCCCCAUCAAGCACAUGAAGAUAAUGUUCGGCCUAAAAACUUUGGUUAUUAUGUGGAUGUUGUGGGAUGAGCAGAGCAUAGAAAGCAUCAAAGACAAGACUGACAAGUUCUUUCCUGACAGCCUUUCACAGUAUCGAAGAAGUAGUCACAGACACAUAGACCUGAUGCAAAAGGCCCAGCGGGACUUUCGGAAUUUUGUCCAGUUGCUCACAGGGAGCCCAGAAAUGCGCAAAAACUAUAUUCAAAAUCUGAUGGAAGAGCAGUAUGGUGAAUGCUACAUCAUGAAGCUGGAGGAGAGGUUAUUACAUUAUUUAGAAAAGCUGAACAAAGCUCUUCCACAACCAACCUACAUCGACCAGGUUCUGAAACAAUCAGGGCCACUGAAGGGGAGAGAGGAGAUACUGCAGCAGUUAUUUACCUGUAGUAGUGCGCCCCCAGUCACAGCUCUAAAGAAACUGCUGAGAUGUGCUAUGGGAAGUCACAUGGAUCAUAAAAGUGCAGAGACGCACUCUAAGCAACAAAAAGGAGCUCUAGCUGAAGGACCAGUGUUUGGAACUCUUUGUGUUAGGUCAUCUUUGGAAGCUGUAGAGGAUGACUGGCUGUCCCAGGCAUCCUCUCAGAGCUGCUGGCUAAAUAAAAAUCUGAGUUUGGAAAAACCAAGGUUGAAGAUGAAACAUGUUUUAGAACAUACUGACAAACCUAAUUCUCAGAUGACUGAGAUCAGAUUUGCCAAAGAGAAGAAAGCUGAAGAUGAUGUAGCAGAGCAUCUGUGCUCCAUACAUGGCAAGAAAAGGAAGAGUUUCCUCCAAGAAUGUUCUGAAGAGCUGAGAAGGCAGGACAGCGAAGCUUCGCUGACACAGGUGGAAUGCACUCCCUCAACACCUCUCCUUCCACCUCUCCACUGCAUCCCUCACAGCCCGAACUCAGCAUCUUCUCCCCAUGAUUCAUCAUCUACAAAUAUUUCUCUGUCUUCACCACCAGAGCCUUUCUCAUAUUUUUCAGUGAAUGAAGAGCGACAACUAGUUCCAUCACAGAUAUCUCCAGCACAAGAUUAUUAUUCUAGUCCUUGCUCAUGUCAAAAAAGCAACAUCGCAUUAUCAGCUUCUCCAGAAUGUUCAAAAAAAAGAAUCGCCUUUUCACCACCAUGUUCAGUUCAGCCGUCUCAAACAUCAUCAUCUUCAACUAAUAUUUCACCCUUUCCAGAAAACCUGCUCUCCUCAACCGAACAGGAAUGCUCACCACUCCUGUUCUUUAGUAAAAGUUUUUCUGAAUCUUCAAACCAUCAGCCUGGUUCAUCAUCAUCAUCAUCAUCAUUUUCUGCAGCUCCAGCAGUGGUUCUAAAUCCAAGCCAAAAUGAUGCACAGGUCUCUUUAGAUUCAGAUGAAAUUUUAAAGACAAGAAGUGCCUUAAAAGGCAAACUGAGGCUGUCUUUAGAGACUCAGGCUUUCCUCUUGGUUUGUAAGUGGCUACAGCCUCAAGUAAAGCUCUACAGGCUGAGUCAGCACGAGUGUAGCCAAGCCACGCUGCCAAAUUGUGCUCUGGAGCAGUCCUCUGAUGAGGAAGAGGAAGAAUAUGCAUCUUUUGAUGUCAAUUUACUGUAUUCAGACUCUGAAUCAGACACGCAAGACUCUGAUGAUUCUGAUUACGUUCCGUCAAAGAGAUGCAGGUAUAAGUAAAGUGCAAAGGAAGUGCCUGUUACUUAUGUGCAAUUAUGUAAUCUACCUAAUAUCAGGUGGGUAUUGAUCAUUAAC